AUGGACAGCCCCAACCCUGCGGCCCUGCUCACACGAUUAGCGGACGCCUGCGCAUCGCACGGCCUGCCCGACGCGCCGCAGGAUGGCGGCAGCGGCGACUCCGCCCGGGGGAUCCUGGCGUCCGUGCCGAUCGACGCCGAGGCCGCGCUGGCGGUGGCGGCGAUGGCGGGGGACGCAGCGGCCGGCGCCCGCCUGUCGAAGGACUGCUCAGAAUCUGGCACCUCGCUGAGCCUUGCGUCGAGGUCUCUGUGCGCCUUGGUGCUGGGAGCCAAGCGCCCACAGGGCCUGGCAGCGGGAGCAGUGUACGUCUCCCUUCUGGUGCUUCCGGGCAGCCCGGUUUUCGAGUUGUUGGACAUCUCCACCUUGCUGGCGCUGCUGAAACUCCUCAGAAAUGAGCCAUCCACGCCGUCAAGGGGCGAUCCCUCUUCCCCCUCACCCUCGCCUUCGCUCUCUCCUGCCUUAGCCGCGGACUUCGAUCCUCAGGACUUUGAUCGAAUCUGCUGUUCGAUCAUAUCCUGUCUGACCACUCUUGUGGAGACGGUCAGCCUCAAAGAACAUGAGGAAUUGCUGGAGGUGCUCAUCGACGCUAUGGCCAUGCUCGUCCUGUCUCCAGCGGGUCGCCCUAGUUGUGGAAGGAGGGCACAGGAUGAUUCGUUGGGGACCAUUGGCGAGUCUGCCCUGACGCUUCUGCAUGGGUGCAUUAAUGCGCUCAAUGGCCCUGUGUACCAGUUGGCAGGAAGGGUCUUCAAGAGACUGGCUUCCUGCCUAAUGGGCGUCCAGGCAGGAUCUGGAGUGGCUGACGGCAACAGGGACGCUUCUGCCAGUGUGAGGCCCCGCAUCAUGCAGUUUGUGUUGGAUGUGCACAGUCAGAAGCCGGAUUGUCUUCCAGCUGUUGCUGCCCUCGCCAGGCACCUGAGCUUGCAUGCGCCCGACAAGGCACAGCAAAGAGAUGUGGCAGUUAAUUCAGCAGCGACGUUGGUAGCCGCUUUUCCUCCAUCCGUUAGAUGGGACUUCAUGUGCUUUCUAUACCAACUAUCAAGGGUUGCAAAGAUUCAGCACCGCACCGUGGCUGUGCGGCUCUGUGAAGCCCUGCUGCUGGGCAACGAUGACAUUUUCGAUGUGCAAGAGGACCAGAAUGUGUCUUGUGGCUGUGUUUGUCUUGCGAUACUCAUGCAACGCAUGAAUGACAAGUCAGCAGGCGUUCGAGGACGGGCGAUCGGCAACAUGGCCACCGUUGUUGAUCAUUUCAUUGCCACAGUUCGAACUUCGACGACAGCAACACAGGCAUCCGUUUUGCAGUCGGCAAUGAGCGCUGCCCAAAGCUUGAAACUUGAAAUUCUGGAUGUCACUGCGGGUGAAGAUAGGCAGCAGUCGGCCACGAAUGUGGCUGAUGGUCAAGAUGUAUCUGAGCAGCAGAGUGGUCAUCAUGGCCCACGGUUGGUUGCCCACGUGUCCACUACGGGCCUCUUGUUGGAUGGCCUGUGCAAUGCUGCCCUGCUGCAUGUUGGGGACGAAAAGAGCUCAGUACGAAAAGCAUCUCUGCAGCUCACAGAGGCGAUAAUUGUGCUGAUGCGGCUCUUUGCCCCUGGCGGUGAUGGGGCCGAUUUUCCUGUACCAGAGCAGCCAAUUCAGGCCAUCGAGGCUGCCAUGGGAGACUCUUUGCUGACAGUGCGCCGAGCGGCACUGACUGCAUCUUCGCGACUGAUGACCGAAUUCCCCCUGCACCAACCUGUCUGCUCCCUCUGGGUCAGAGCUGCUCUGCCGCUCGUCCACGACCCAGAGACCUCCAUCCGCGAUUCUGCGACCGACAGCUUCCACAGCAACUUUAUCCUGCCUGCCCAAGCUGUGGGCUGUGCCUCUGAUCCACCGGGCCCCACAGCUGAAGAGAAGGCUGGGGUCUUGAGGCCGAUCCUGAAUGCCAUCGCAGGGACUGCCUCUAGUGUGUCAUGCCUUGGGGUGGCAUGCAAGAUGUCCAAGACCAAAGGAUUGCUGAGGGCGGACAAGGUGGCCCGGGGUGCAGAGCUCGUCAUCGAUGGUUUGGGGUCAUCAACUGAAGACGAAUCCCUGGCAGUGGAAGGGGCCUGGCACCUGCUGAGGGCAGUCGCUGCGCAGGACCCCAGAGCCCCCUCAUGGCAGUUCUUGCAGCGACACUGGGAGCAAAGUAGUGGCACAGCCACAGCGCCAGCAAAUGUGCACAGUGGCAUCACGACUGCACUGCUGCUGCAGGUGAUGGCAAAUGCCGCAGAAGCCUUCCCUGUGGAGAUGGUGCCACACCUGGCGAAACAGCUUUUGGAGGGUCUGCUGACGUUUUCCCUCGACCCAGCAGCCGCUGGCGCCCAUGCAUUGGCAUUGAGGAAGCUCACAGGGAGGGUCACGUGCGACGCUGCGAAUGGGCUGCUUGGCUGGGCCGACCACGCAAGGGACAGAUGCCAAUCAAUAGUGGAGGAGUACAUCUCACAGGCCCCACACCAAGGAGGGUGCCAACAUCGUGGCAACAGGCAGCAGGUAAUCUCUGCCCUGUUCACUGCCGGUGAGGUUGCCAUGCUGUGCCGCUGCAGAAUUCCCCAGCGCCUUGUCACUGUGGUCAUGACCGUCACAGAGCCCAAACUGAUGCCUCGGCCUAGCCCAACAGACAGCGCCCCAACAGUGGGGCAGAUCAGAGGACAGGCCUCUGGCGCCUUGUCUUCCCAGAUGGGUGCCGAGUGUCUUGUCGUGCCUGGUGAUGUGCGAUGCCAUGCAUGGACCGCUCUUGGGAAAUUUUGCCUGCUUGAUGAGCGGAUGGCGAAGAAGAUGGUGCCCAGGAUGGUGCAGGAAUUCCUGCAAGCUGGCAACCCGGCGAUCCGCAACAACAUCGCUGUCAUCCUCUCCGACCUGUGCAUCGAGCACACGGCGCUGAUCGACGCCCAUGUGCCCACCCUGGCCAAGUCCAUCUCCGACCCCCACCCCCUUGUGCGCUACCAGUCCCUGGGCCUCCUGUUCAAGCUCCUGCAGAAGGACUACAUCAGGUGGCGGGGACCAGUGGUGGUCCGCAUCCUGCUGGCGCUGGUGGACCCUGAGGCCCGCAACAGGGCCACAGCCGAGUACAUUGUCGCGGACGCCGUGGCCACCAAGGCGCCCCUGCUGGCAUACAACUAUUUCCAUGAGGUGCUGUUUGUGCUCAACGGGUGCCGGUCGGGGCUGCAGGGUGAGCUGGCCAGCGCGCUGGGGGGCCUGAGCGACGAAGAGGCAGUGCAGGCAGGGAUCCGGGGGUCUGACAAGAAGGCAAGGUCCCGACGGGACACGAUUUAUGCAACAUUGCUGAGGCACAUGCGGCCAGAGCACAAGUUUGCAACUGCUGCCAAGUUGUGCAAGGAGGUGCUGGCUGGAGUGGCGGACAAAGUGCUGCUCCUGGAUGAUGUUGAGGAAGUCCUGGGAGAUGCGAUGAGGAUUUUGGCCAGCAAAGAAAUCAAGGUGAAGGUCAAUGCUAGUGGCAGCGAGGAUGAAGACCUGGACGGCCCCGAGGCGGGCUCCCAGGGCAGCUUGUCGCAAAAGGCCAGGGGGAAGGCAGUAUCAGAGCUCAUGAGACGCCACCUGCUGGAGGCAGUGGUGCCAGUGAUGAUAGCGCUCAAGUGUGUGCUGAACUCCAGGCAACACCCACUGAUAGCUGACUUCAUGCUGUGUCUGAGAUCGAUGCUGAGUGACCACAAGAACGAGAUCAAGGACAUUCUUGUAGCUGACAAGCAGCUUGCCACAGAGAUCCUGUACGACCUGAAGCAAGCAGAACAGGCAAAGUUGUCCAUGUCGUCCAAUGACGCCAAUCGAAGAAGCAUGACAACGCCAGGUCAACGCACACACUCACCUGCUGUCGAAUCCACAAAACUCCUUCCAAUAGGUGCAAUGCCGGAUACUCCUGGUGCAGUUGAGGUCCUCAAUCAAGGUCCGGUUCAGGCAAGUCCAGUGGGCGCGUCCCCAAUGGGAAGCGGUGGUUGCAAGACGCCCCUGCAGCAGCUCAUGGGCACGCCCAACCCAGUGUUGACCCCAGGGGCCCAAACGGCCAGAGCAUCGGAAGGACUUGCAGUGCUGGCCUCCUGCGGGCCAGAGACUGUGAGGGACGUCCUCCGCAGGCUCCUGGAAGCCACCACCGCCGCCGAGCUCCACUUCGUCAAGGUGUUCUCUUCCAAGCUGCUGGCCGGCAAGGCCGUCAAACCCAUCGGCGAGACGGAGGUCGUCAUCGACGCCAGGGGUGUGCUGCGGAAGGAGGACGCUGCGGUCGUGGUGGCGCUGGUGGCGGCGGGGGCGUUCGACAGCGACGCGCGGUUGCUGGUGGACGGCCACAUACGCUUCCUGGGUGGAGGAGGGGAAGGCUGCACGCCGAAUGCCAAGACCAAUGGGUUGCCGCAGACUCCUGGAGGCCACAGUCCGUUGGGUACGAUGUCUGUUCCUCGACUGAAGAGGCAAAAGUCGCCCAGGUCAUCCAUCCCGCCAGCUGUGUCGCUCAAAGAGGUCGAGCAAGACCGGCAGCCCACCCCAGCCAUCGUGCAGUCGCCAAGUGACCACAUGGACAUUGACGACACACAACCUGUGGUAUGUAAUGUGACAUUUACGACCCAUGACAUGCACGGUGUUGUUGUUUAUGUUCUAAGCACUGUGCCGCUGUUAAGGCUCGAGGGCUGUCCCAGUCUGAGCAGAAGAGAUGUGGAAAUUAUACCGUUUGGUUUUAAUCCCUUCCACAACGGAAAAUUUAACCGUUGCAUUGUUUGCUGCGCAAUUUUUUCAGAGCAUUGUUUUUACGUUGCUCCACAAAAAAGAUUGUUAUAA